UAUUGGCGACCAGAAAACACAAGUGAAAGAGCAUUUGGCCAGCCCGGAGAAGCCGAGCUGGGUGGCUUGAGUCUACAUGGUUCUCAUGUCGCGUUUAAGGCCAGCCCCCUGCACGGUGUGGAGCUUCAAUAGCGCAGAGCAGCGUCUACAGCAAAGUACUCCUCCUCACAGACUACCGUAGUGUUGUAAGUGUGUGUGUUUACCGGACCGAACGACAGACAUGGCAGAAGUCGCACCAGCACCCGCCGCCGCCGCGCCGGCCAAGGCACCCAAGAAGAAGGCAGCAGCCAAGCCCAAGAAAGCGGGACCCAGCGUAGGCGAGCUCAUCGUCAAGGCGGUGUCCGCCUCCAAGGAGAGGAGCGGCGUGUCCCUGGCCGCGCUCAAGAAGUCUCUGGCGGCAGGCGGCUACGACGUGGAGAAGAACAACUCCUGUGUCAAGAUCGCCGUCAAGAGCCUCGUCACUAAGGGCACCCUGGUCCAGACCAAGGGCACCGGUGCUUCCGGCUCCUUCAAGCUCAACAAGAAGGCCGUCGAGGCAAAGAAGCCCGCCAAGAAAGCCGCAGCCCCCAAAGCUAAGAAGGUGGCCGCCAAGAAGCCCGCCGCCGCCAAGAAGCCCAAGAAGGUAGCAGCCAAGAAGGCCGUGGCCGCAAAGAAGUCCCCCAAGAAGGCCAAGAAGCCCGCUACACCCAAAAAGGCCGCCAAGAGCCCAAAGAAGGUGAAGAAGCCCGCCGCAGCGGCCAAGAAAGCGGCCAAGAGCCCCAAGAAGGCUACCAAGGCAGCGAAGCCCAAAGCCGCCAAGCCCAAGGCGGCCAAGGCCAAGAAGGCAGCCCCCAAGAAGAAGUAAACCUAUUACAAACAGUGUUCUUUCUACUCGACACAUGUUGUUACCACAAAAGGCUCUUUUAAGAGCCACCCACCUCUUUCCAUAAAAGCGCAUGUCAUUCCAUUCCACCUACCUACCCGUGGUGCAAAAGAAAUGAAAUGAAUGACUUUUACGCACCACAUUUUCGAGUGGCUAAAUGGCUUUACAUUUGUCACUCAAGAGUGCAGCACCCUCACCAGUCAACAUUGUUGUGAUGUGUUAGAAUUGGCAUGUCACAUUGAUCCUGAUAAUAAGAAGCAUACAUACUAUAGUGGGUUGGACAGCAGCCAUUGGUAUUAUGAGCCACUCUCGAAUUGAUUGAUACAUGUUUCAGUGAUUUGAGUAGUCACUUUGGCGCUCCCGCCAACGUGAAAAAGUCACAAAAGUCGGAGGGAAACAGAGUAGCCUAGCCCUCGUCACUCUGCUGCCUGCCUGCCUGCCUGCGGGCGGGUGGGUGGGGGCGGGCUUAGGGCUGACUGCCUGUCUGUCUGUCCCUCCCUCACUCCAAUUGGAUAAGGCCACACCGGUCCGGUGGCCAAUCGAUGGCUUUUGUGGCGAGGUAUAAGUAAGGCUCUCGAGGUGGCCAGCGGCUCAUUCAGACUUUCUGUGACAUACUGAAGCUACCAAUAUGAGCGGAAGAGGCAAAACCGGAGGCAAGGCCAGGGCGAAGGCAAAGACACGUUCAUCCCGUGCCGGGCUCCAGUUCCCCGUGGGCCGUGUGCACAGGCUGCUGCGUAAAGGCAACUACGCCGAGCGUGUGGGCGCUGGCGCACCAGUGUACCUGGCCGCAGUGCUCGAGUACCUGACUGCUGAGAUCCUGGAGUUGGCCGGAAACGCUGCGCGUGACAACAAGAAGACUCGUAUCAUCCCCCGUCACCUGCAGCUGGCAGUCCGUAACGACGAGGAGCUGAACAAACUGCUUGGCGGCGUGACCAUCGCUCAGGGUGGUGUUCUGCCCAACAUCCAGGCAGUGCUGCUCCCCAAGAAGACUGAGAAGGCCGUCAAAGCCAAGUAAAAUCGCUGGUGCGGCUGCAACUUGACUACUCAACCCCCAAAGGCUCUUUUAAGAGCCAAC